AUGGCUAGAGUGGGUUUUCAGGAUGGCGCGGGGGUUGGGGUGGUGGUGGAUAGGGGCGGUAGAGGGAGACGGCGCUGCUCCAUGCGAUCGGAGCGGAGUCUCCGCGACAUUCGCGCGCCCGAUACCGUCGCGCGUACACGUCCUCCUAUCGCGCUCGAUCGCCGCUAUAAAAUCGUCAGGCUGCCGCCCGCACGGUUUGAGUUCGAUUUCGGGGCGCUCGUCACCAACAUUCGCGACAACAUCAGCUCGUGGGUCCUGUGGUGGCGUCAACGCCAUCUUCGGAUGGGCGCACCGCAGACCCCAAAGCCUAUUGAAGAAGAUGAUUGCGUGCCCCGAGUGGCCAUAGUAGACGAGCUUCGCGAAGUUCAACAAGAUCGCAAGCUGGAGCGACGACGGGGAGCUGGUGCGCCGCGGCGUCGCGGCCUCGACAGCGAGCUCGAGGGUGAGAGGCGCCGGCCACGCCGCAAGCCGCGAAAGAGG